GCAGUAAGAAGCAGCCGAAGAGGGAGACGGCAAAAGUAAAUCAGAACAAUGACCAAUGGCGGAAUUAUAUUCCGGUCUCUGUUACGAAGCUCUCGAAGGCCUCCUUUGGUCUUCGUUGCUUCAUCUUCCUCUACUGCCAGACUCUCUCCUUUACCUCUCCCCACUUCCCUUAAUCCUUCUUCUCGUUUUGCUGUUGCUUCUUCUCUUGGACUGAACCCCAUUUUCUCUUUCGCUUCUUCUUUCACUCGCCGUCUGUUACACGGCACGACCUCCGUCCAUAAUAAAAACGAUCACCGGGAAGAAGAAGAAGAAGAAGAAGAGGACCCGGAUUUUUAUGAAACAGAUAAAGAUGAUGGAGAAAACACAGAUGGGUGGGAAGAAGAGGAUGAUGACGUCGAGCCCAAGCUUGGUGAUGGAGGGGAUGGUGGUGGAGUUGUAUUGCAAGGUGUUCCUUGGGGUGAAUCUGUUUUGUCUAUUGCCCAUGAUGUACUAAAGCUGUUUAGCGAUGACUUCAAACUUUAUGCUUUCAAGACUUCACCUCGUGGAUACAUUUAUGUCAGGCUUGACAAAUUGUCACAUGAAUAUGGUUGUCCCAGCAUGGAGGAACUGCAGAGCUAUAGUCAAGAAUAUAAGAAAAGAUUAGAUGAAGCUGGAGAGCGAAGAGAAAUACCAGAUGAUUUGGGUCUUGAGGUAUCAUCUCCUGGUGCAGAGAGACUACUUAAGGUACCGGAUGAUUUAGACCGGUUCAAACACAUGACAAUGAGAGUUUGUUAUAUCGAAGACGCGGAGUUUAAUCAUACAGAAAAGAGCGGGGUCUUCUUACUAGAUUCGAUCGAGCAAGAGGUCUGUGUAUGGAAGCUGGCAGAUGUGAAGGAGAACCGGGACCCCGACAGCAAGGGUAGACCAUUAAGCCGGAAACAGAGGGAUUGGAGAUUAAGACUGCCUUUCGACAAGCAUAAGAUGACAAUGAUGUACCUCAAACAGUGAACAAAAAAGGGACUGAAACUCAGAAGGUAUGAACACUUUCUUUGUACUAUGGGCAUGAACUAAUGUUGUUUCGGUUUUCGGUUUUCUUCGGGUUCAACAUAGGUUUAGAGAUAUGGAUCCUAUAAGAAUCUUUCAGCAAUCGAAAAACUUAGGGGGAAACCGAACACAUUCAUGUCCGACUUAUUUUUGUAUCGUGUUCGAGUAAACCGUCUAGAUAUGAAUAUUGAAAAGGAUUACAUAUCUAAUUAAAAUAGUUGUAAAAAGUAGUAG